GGUCAAGAUCUAAGCCAGCAACAUCAGCGUUACUUUCAGCAUUCUUCAAGAGCUGGAGUAAAAAUUCUGCUGAUUUUUUGGGCCAUCGACCUGAAUUCAAAGACAGAUACAAUAAAAAAUAUCAAUUAUUCAUUGCGAUUUACCUUGUGUAGUGCCAAAUUGCUUUGCCUGGGCACACCUGCCAACACCUCCAUUAAAUCUACGGAAUGGUACACAUUCCUUGUGUUCGAUUACAAUAAGUUAAAUCUGACGCUACCACCUGGUUCGAUAGAACCAGUUCCAGCUGUAUCACCGUCUCCGCCGGUACCACCGUUGCCCAUUUAUUCUGAGCCACCAGUAAUUCCAGAUGGAGUUAUGGGAAAGAUGAGUAUAGAUGCCAUUCAGGAGAGGUUAAAGGAAUUGGAAAUGGACGAAGAGCAAAAGAAAAGGCUAGAAAGCUUCUUGGGACAAAAAGAAAAGGUUGGAGAACUGUGCGAUGAUGAUUUUGAGAAGCUUGGUGAGCUUGGUGCUGGUAAUGGUGGUGUUGUUAUGAAAGUUAGGCACAAAAAGUAUGGACUUAUAAUGGCAAGAAAGCUAAUACAUUUAGAGGUCAAACCUGCCAUUAAGAAACAAAUAAUUAGGGAACUGAAAGUUCUUCAUGAGUGUAAUUUUGCACACAUAGUUGGCUUUUAUGGUGCUUUUUAUAGUGAUGGAGAAAUUAGUAUAUGUAUGGAAUAUAUGGAUGGUGGUUCAUUAGAUUUAAUACUGAAAAAAGCUGGAAGAAUUCCAGAACCUAUAUUAAGUACAAUUACUUCAGCAGUUCUGAAAGGUUUGAGCUAUUUGCGAGAUAAACAUGCGAUUAUGCAUCGGGACGUAAAACCAAGCAAUAUCUUGGUGAACAGUGCCGGAGAGAUCAAAAUUUGCGAUUUCGGUGUUUCCGGGCAGUUGAUCGAUUCUAUGGCCAAUUCGUUCGUUGGAACUAGGAGUUAUAUGUCGCCAGAAAGACUUCAAGGCACACAUUACUCUGUGCAAAGUGAUAUUUGGUCCUUAGGACUAUCACUUGUGGAAAUGGCGAUUGGAAUGUACCCAAUUCCACCUCCGGACGAGAAAACUUUAGCUGCGAUAUUCAGUACUCCACCAGGUCAACUACUUGCGGAGAAUGCUACUAAUAAUGCCUCUACUCCAACGCAAUCGCCUGCGCACAGU